GAACUAAGUAUUCCGCCUCGAAAGUCGAAGUCGUAAGGUUGAGCAGUUGAAGUUCUUGUAAUAAACUUGCGCAGACGACUUAGCCGUUUAUUUCACGAUUGUUUUUUGUGUUGGUUCUGUAGUGUGUUUGUGAAUGUUCAUUUAACGAUGCUUUCUGGAAGACUGUAACUGCCGAGACCUGAGUUGUCUGACACGAAAGGUCAUCUGUCAUAGCUGAUCAUCGGCUUCUUACAAUGAUUGGCGAUCACAAUAACAGGGCUCUGCCAUUUGUCAAAAUGAGGCCUGUACAAAUUCUACUCCUGACGUUCGUUAUCAUCUGUGGCGGAGUGAAUGCCAACCGUCCGCCACAGCUACUGGAUGACAUCAACAAUUUGGCCAUCAGUGAGAGCACUCCAGUGGGGAAGGUCUUGUUCACAGUGCACGCAACUGACCCGGAAGGAUCUCCAGUACACUACGGCAUUGUGGGUACGGACCGACUCGGUGUGGAUAAGGACACGGGUGAAGUUCGAGUCAUCAGCCCUUUAGACAGAGAGGUUAAUGACACGCUGAAGUUCGUUGUAACCUUAGAAGAUGAAGUGGGCGAAGGCCUUUCAAACAACCUAGUGCAAAUUCCUGUCACUGCAAUCAUUCUGGAUGAAAAUGAUAAUGCUCCAGUAUUUAAAGACGUUCCAUAUGAGAUUGAAGUUCCUGAAGAUACACAUGUUGGCACCACUGUUUUUCAGGGAAUCAAAGUUGUCGACCCAGACAUCAUAGGAGAUAUCUUGGAGGUCACCUGUAUAGAUCGCCCACAGUUUCCAGAUGCUUGCAGUAAAUUUAAGGUCAAGAAACUUAGUUCCAAUGAGUAUAAAUUUUUGGGGGCCUUGAUUCUGCAGCAGCCACUGGACUAUUCAGUCAAACCUUUCUACCAACUGCUGCUCAGUGCCACUGAUGGCGAACAUAACAGUAGCACUGGGGUUCAGAUCAAGGUUCAGGAUGUUCAGAAUUCCCCGCCGGUGUUUGAGGGUUCGCUGACGGGCGUUGUCAGGGAAGAUGCUGACAUUGGUACUCCAGUAAUGACCAUUAAAGCUCAUGAUGGCGACAAGGAACAUCCCAGGAAGAUUGUGUAUGAACUUGUUGAAAAUUAUAUGGACUAUUUUUUACUUGAUCCCAAAACGGGAGAACUCAGGACAGCCAAACCACUCGAUAAAGAAGCCUUAGAUGAUUCAACAGGAGUCAUAAAUAUUACUGUUAGGGCACAUGAAGUUGUUGAUGGAGUACCUGGCAACGACCCUCUUACCGUUACAACAAAGAAAGGAACUGUCACGAUCAAGGACGUCAAUGAUGAAGCGCCAACCUUCAAUAAUCGCGAGUAUAGCAUUGUGAUUCCUGAAAAUGUUCCAGAUGGCACACCAUUGCCUCACCUCGAUAUGGUGGUUCGUGAUCCCGACAUUGGAACCAACUCGGAAUUCACAUUGCGGCUUGAUGAUGUGACAGGAGCGUUUGAAGUGGAGCCAACCAGUGCGACAGGAUCUACCUCAGUCAGUAUACGUGUGGCCAAUGGUUCGCUGGAUUAUGAAAAUCCAAAUCAGAGGAAAUUCAUAAUACUUGUCAUUGCAGAGGAGAAGAACACGAAUCCCCGUCUGUCUUCUACAGCCACGGUAAUUGUUAGCAUAGCAGAUGCUAACGACAAUGUCCCCGUAUUUCAGCAACAGCAGUACACAGCUUCUGUUUCAGAAAUGGCAUCACCUGGAACUCUGGUGACAACAAUUAUGGCCACAGACAGGGACAGUGGUCAGUUUGGCGAGAACGGCAUUGUCUACCAACUUUCUGGAACUGACGCAGAUAAGUUUUCUGUGAACAAUAAGACAGGUGUAAUAACUGUUGCUGAGUGUUCAACUCCAGGCUCUGGGAGCUGCCUUGACUUUGAAACCAAACAACACUAUUACCUCACGUACAAGGCGAUAGAUGAUGAUGGGAACGGACAUAGCACAGUUGCUUCCCUCAUGAUAUCUGUAUUAGACAGCAAUGAUAACACCCCACAGUUCACCAAUCAGAACUAUCAAAUUACAAUUGACGAGGGUGCCACUAAAUUUGAACCUCCUCUUCAGGUCCAGGCACGCGAUGCAGAUAAAACUUCACACGUUACCUACUCAAUUAUCGAAGGAAAUGUCAACAAUUUAUUUUCAAUAAAUCCACUGUCUGGAGAAAUCACAGUGUCGGAUCAUCGUGGUCUUGACAUGACAAAUGUCUCUAAUGAUGUCAUAGUCUUAACUGUCCAGGCAAGUGAUGGGAUGUUCAGUAGUGUAGCAACAGUGACCGUCGCAGUUCACGAUGUGAAUAACAACCAUCCUGUGUUUGGAAGAGAAAGCUAUGUGGCUUCAGUACAAGAAGAUGCUGCUGUUGGCACAAGCGUAGAGCAAGUAACAGCAACGGAUGCAGACUCUGGUGUGAAUGCAGAAAUCAAAUAUCGAAUUCAGAAAGGAGGAUUUGAAGACUUCAAAAUAGAUGAGGAAACUGGGGUAGUUGCAAUAGCCAACAAGUUAGACUUUGACCACAGAAGCACAUAUAACAUAGAGAUCAUUGCUGUUGAUGGAGGUUCACCUGUUUUGACUGGCACGGCCACCCUUACCAUCAUGGUUCUAAACAGCAAUGAUAAGGACCCAUACUUUGACCCUUCAACACAGAGGGCAGAGGUGCAAGAAGAUACAUCUCCUGGAACUGUCUUCUAUACUCUGAUGGCUAGGGAUCCUGAUAUGAAUGGUACAGAAGGUCUUAAUUUUGCUGCUGCAGAGCCAAUAACAGCUGUUGACAAGAAUGGCAAGCAGAUUACUGAUACUGAGGAAUUUAAGAGUUUCUUUGCUGUGGAUCUGACCUCAGGUGAAGUGACUGUAAUGAGAGAUUUGGACAGAGACAUUGCAGCUGUCGUCCGCAUCACUGUUCUCGUCACUGAUACGACAGCUCCUACAACUCAGCAAGGAAAAGGCACUCUGGUUAUUACAAUUAUUGAUGUGAAUGACUUCGCUCCAACGUUUUCAAGACCGUGGACCAAAGAAAAUCCUUAUUACAUGUUGAAUAUCCCCGAAGAGCAGCCAAUUGGAUCCAUAGUCGAUACAUUUGUUGCUUCAGAUGUUGAUUCCAAUAUUGCAGCCUAUGCCAUAGAUCCAGUCAGUGAAUAUUUUGAGAUCAACAAUGCAACAGGCGUGGUUCGAACAAGGAAGAGGAUUGACUAUGAAACUGUGAAAAUAAUUAACUUCACAGUUGUUGCAUAUGAUUCAGGAAUACCCCAGAAAUCAGCCACUGCAUAUGUCAGUGUGAAUGUCAUAAACAUCAAUGACAUGGACCCUGUCUUUUCAGAGCCAUUGUAUGAAGCAACUGUAAUGGAGAAUGCUCUGCAGAAAACGCCAGUAAUAACAGUGACUGCAAAAGAUGGAGAUGAGGGUGUGUUUGGAUCUGUGACGUACAGCCUUGUUGGGGAACACAGCUCUGAUUUCAGUGUGAACUACAAGACAGGAGAGGUGACAGUUGCAAACCCUGAUGUUCUUGACAGGGAAACCACUCCUGACAUCACAAUCCAGGUCAUGGCUAGCGAUGACGCUCCACCAGAAAUGAGAAGAACUGUAGCUGUUCCAAUACACAUUCGUCUGAUAGAUGCCAACGACAACACUCCAGUAUUUAUCCAGAAAAGAUAUCAGGCUUCUGUUAUGGAGAACCUGCGUCUAGAUCCUCCAGCACCAAUAUUGCAAGUUCACGCUGAAGAUCUUGAUGAGGGAAACAAUGGUGCAGUAAGUUACACCAUUACAUCUGGUAAUGAAGGUGGAGUCUUUAAAAUGGACCCUGAAACUGGAAUUUUAUAUCCAGCUGAGUCAUUAGAAGGAAAAGCACGCGAGUUCCAUCUGGUGGUGGAAGGGCGAGAUGAGGAAGGGAAUGGUCCACACGCUGAUAAAACGAUCAUUGAUAUUGAAAUUCGGGAUGUGAACCAGAAUAAACCAGUCUUCAUCAUGCCUUCACUACCCAAUGCAACUAUAGAGGUCCCUGAAAAUGCAGGGCUUCCAAAUUUCUUGGUAAUUACUGUGAAAGCAACUGAUAAAGACCAAGGGGAGAAUGGACAGAUUAGUUAUCACUUCAAAGUUGGGAAUGAGAAUGUACAAGAAACAGAGGAGUUUGCCAUCAAUGCUGAUACAGGAGAACUCAGAGCAAAGAUCAUUCUCGACCGGGAAGUGCGAGCAAAGUAUGAGUUGGUUCUAGUUGCUAAGGAUCAUGGUACUCCUAUCUCACAUGAGACACUUCGUUUCCUCACGGUGCUACUUGUAGAUACAGAUGACAACAGACCAGAAUUUCCAGUAACUGAAAGUACAAGUCCUUACUCCUUCCAUGUCACAGAAAAUUCACAAAUAAAUGUCCUUGUAGGGAAAGUAACAGCAGCAGAUCGGGAUGUAGGUAAACAUGCAAAGAUCUAUUAUUACAUCAUGUCUGGUAAUGAGAAUGGAAGCUUCAGCUUGGAUAGGACAACUGGCAGCAUCUACACUAAUACCUCAUUUGAUCGUGAGGAGACAGAUGAAUAUAACCUGUUAAUCAAAGCUACCAAUUAUCCGCAGUAUUAUGCAUCUGAGGCAGAAAAAAAUAAUUCAGAGAGGGACACAAGUAUUGCCCAUGUACGAAUAACAAUACUUGAUGAGAACGAUAAUCCACCCAAAUUUGAGCACUCCAAUUAUUAUUCUGGUGUAAAUGCAAUGGCAAAUAUCAACGAAUUUGUGGCAAAGUUGUCAGCAUUGGAUCCUGAUGCAGGAGAUAAUGGAACAUUGUCUUAUUACAUCAAAGCAUCCAACUUGUUCAAGUUUGGCUCAAACCUUUCAAGGGGAUCCAUUAUCCCAUCCCCAUUCAAUGUGACAGAGGAUGGUAAACUUGUGACUGCUAAUUAUAUGGCUGAAUACAAUCAGGACAGAUUUGUGCUGGACAUCGUUGCCAAAGAAAAGGCUUUACCAGAACGAGAAGCCACAACCAAAGUUCAUGUAUGGAUCUUUGAACCAAACCAACUUAUCCGUGUAAUACUUUCACGACCGCCUAAGGAAGUACACCAUGAGAGAGAUGAGAUUAUUGCAGAAUUGUCCAAUGUAACCGGAAGUCUUGUGGUUGUAGACGACAUCAGAUAUCAUGUGGACUCUUCUGGUCACAUACAUCAUGAUUGGUGUGACAUGUACCUCCAUGUUGUGGAUGGGCCAAGUCAGACCAUUGCUUCAAUACCUGAAGUACUGAAGGUUAUAGAUGCAAAAUAUGACUUCCUCAAGGAUUACUACGCUGGAUUUGCAAUUGAAAAUGUUCUGCCUGCGUUUGUUGGUGUACAUGAAGAGCCGUUUGAUCCAGCUCUGGCUGCUUUAAUUGCUCUACUUAUAGUGCUCUUUGUUGGUUGUAUCACAUUCGUAGUUGUCUGCUGCUGCCUCAGGCAUUGGGUGAUUACAGCACCAUCAGAUCUCAAGAAGAAAGAAGCAUUAAUAAAAAAGGAAAUAAUUGAUGAUUUAAAUACAACAGAGAAUCCAUUAUGGAUUGAACAAAAGCUGAAGCUGUAUGAGGAACAGGAGCUGACGAUGCAGGUGUUCUGUGAGCCAGAAAACUUGGGUAUUGCAACCACAUCACCACAGCCACCGAUGGAAAGGCCAGAGAGUGAAGACUUCUCUCAGGUAGACAAUACCUAUGCUACAAUCCAGCAUCCUACACGCCGUGGGUCUCUCAGUGCAGUGAUGUCACUGCGAGAGGACGUGGGAGACUACGCAACAUUGUCGGGAGGCAUGACUCUACACAAUAAUGAAAGUGCUCAUGGUUCUGUUCGAAGCACUCCCAGAGAUAUGUAUGAGGCGUCAUUAGGGUUCCAAGGAUCAACAUUUCAAGUUCCAGAUCAGCCACUAGGUGGAAGUAAUAAUGUGGUGAGUGGCAGUAAUGACCCAUUUAGACCACGGACUGCCCUCACCAUUAACAAGGACGGGCAACCUGAGUUUGUAGCAGAGCUUAUCUAAUAUGUAUAUGCGGACGGAUGCAUUCUGGUCAGAGAAUUGCCAUUUUUAAUGACGUAACUCAUAUCAAUAAUGUAUCUAUGAAGCAAAGUCAGUAUUGUGAUAUUGAAACAUGAACUGUUAUAUUGGAUAUAGCACUGAAAUACCACGUUUAUCCACAUACCACACACCCCCAAAUAAGAUGGACAUCCCAGUUUGUAGCGUUAAGAAAAAGUUAUCGUUUUAAUGAAUGAAUCUGAUACUGAAGACCAGAAAGUGAUUAAUUAUUUUGAUAUGACUAGUCCCACUUUGGAAAUCUGCACAAGCAAACAUUAUGGUUGAUAAAACUGCAAUAACACGAAUACCUAAUAAUGGCUAGGGUAUCGUACAUACAAAUGCUUCUUCACUGCUUCUGUCACUACAAUCAAAAUUAAACUUAUCAUCACUGUCCCAGAUGACAGGGAAGCCUUUUUUGCAACAUUUGUUCUCUGUCAUACACAGAAGUCAGUUGCUGUUUUAGCUUUGUAUUCCAGGUUUUGUGCCUUCAAUUGGAGCAUUUUACUCGACACUAAAUAACCAAAGUACUGCCACGGUGGUCUAGCGGUUAGAACGCUGGCCUUGUAAUCCUGGGGUCCCAGGUUCGAUUCCCAGCGGUGCCUGAAU